GCAAUCCUUGAUUACUAAAACAAAACCACAACCCCAUAACCUAAGUCCAAAAUCAUACCAAAACCCCCCGCCAUAUGGUGGCCACCGGCUGCCGUCUCCGACCUCUUCUACGACGGUUACUCUCUUCACAACGAUUCUCAUCCUCCUCCGUUGAUAAUCCAGCAACAACAGGAAGCGUCGUUUACCAGCACACUCUCCGAACACAACGCCCUACCACCAUUCCCUGGCAGAAAGACCUCCAAAAUUCCGCCACUUUUAUCGGUACACUCAUUUCCCCUCUCAAAACAUUCACUACUUCCCACGGUGUUCUCGGUGUUCAUACUCAGCUCAAAGUCGACCCUCCGUCUGGAUCCAAGAGAUUCCUUAGGAUAUAUUUGGACAUGUGGGAAGAUAUGGCAGAGUUAGCGACCCAACAUCUAAAACCCAACGACUAUAUAUAUGUUUCAGGGCAUUUACAGUCAUUCACAAAAGCUUUGGACAACGGAAACAUCAUAAUGUACCCCAAGGUUCUUGUGAAAGAAAUAAACUUUGUUGCAAAUAGCAAUCAAAGGAGUAACAAUAUAGACGAUGGAGAAUCGGCUUUAGAAAAACGAAGAAAACGACUUCAUUUAUGGCAAGUGUUCUUUGCCAACCCGUAUGAGUGGCAGGAUUUACGGAAGCGUAAGGUCAACCCAAGUCAACCUGACUUUAGGCACAAGGGUAGCGGUGAAGCGCUUUGGCUUAGGCCAAAUGAUCCUCCAUGGGUUACAAGACAACUUCAACUACAGGAUUCUAGAAUGGGUGACAUCGGUCUUCGCUCUUCAAGAACAUUAUCUAGCUUUCAGUUAUAACCACAGUUUGAAUACUUGCAGUGUCAUCCGAGUAUCAGAGCUCAGACGAGAUCUGUUGGUCGAUCAACUGCUCCAGUAUCAAAGAUUCAAAGAACAAUCAACUAUGAAAGAGCAGGCAUCAUAUUUCAGAAUUCUAACGAUACUUUAUGAACACUAACGACAACUCCAUUGUAAGGGUAAGACGUGGUGAUGCUAGGAUAAGAACUUCUGUUGUCGCAGAAAUUACCAGAGAUGAAGAUCUAUCGAUGACGCUGACUAGAGAUGAAGAAAGUGAAUGACUGCUCUUUAUAUAAACAAAAGAGUAAACAUGGCGACUAUCCGUUUUAAAAAACCAGUUGCUGCAAUAGAAUGAAGAGCAGGCCAGGUGGUCAACAUAGGUGAACAAUUGUGUUUGCUGUGGUAGUUUUAU